AUGAAAACAUUUUUGGUAGCUACUUUUUUUGGGAUAACACAUGCUUUUUCAAAAAACACUGAAUUUACUUAUAAAAGAUCUUCAUUAGAUUCACUAUUAGAUUCAUUAAAUUCAUCAUUAGAUUCAUUAAGCAAAGAAAAAAUUUUGGUUUUAAUUCUAGAACAGAGCGCAAUAAAUGAUCAAUGUGAAAUAAAAUUAAAAGAAUACUGUAAUGAUUUGAAAAGUAUAAAUAUAAAGCCAAAGGAUUUGUAUCCUAUAUUAGAAGAGCUAUGUGAAGAAAGGAAAGGAAAACAAAAAUGCACUGAUCUUAAAGACAAAAUUACUACCAUUUCUAACAAAGUCAAAGAUUCUCUUGAUAAUAUUAACAAUAAUAUCGAAAAUUUAAAAUUUUAUUUGGAAAAAAAACAUUGUAAUUACGUUCAUUUUCAAUGCAUGUUUUUCCGAAAAUUUUCUGGUUUUUCUAUUGUAUGUGAUAAUAUACUCGAACAAUGUUAUGAAAAAAUAAGUAAAAAUUUAACAUAUGAAGUUCUUUUAAGAGCCCUUGAUGGGAAUUUAAAAGAUAAAACAGCAUGUGAAACAAAAAUUAAAGAUUCUUGUCAAAAGUUAAAUAUGGAAAACUUUUAUUUAAUCUGGUUUUGUUUUCAGAAAGAACGUACGUGUAAUGUUCUUAUUGAAAAUGCAAAAUAUAAUUGUGAAAGUCUUAAAAAAAAUAUCAAAAAUACACUUGAAAAUAAUUAUAAACUAAAAGAAAAAUGUUAUUUUUUACUUCAGGAAUGCUAUUUCUAUUCAUCAAACUGUGAAAAAGAGGACAAACAAGAAUGUAUGAAGCUUAAAAGUUUCUGUGAAGAAAAGAACAUUAUAUACCCUCAUUCCCAUAGCUUUUCUUUUAACCCAAUGAUUUCAUUUACACUACAAGAAAAAAUAGGUCUUCAGCAACUUUAUUCAGAGGCACUAGCUUUUGGCGUUUUUCUUGGUAAAUCUUUGUUAACAAGUCUUUCUCGUUUCUUAGUAUUUUCAAAUUAUUAUGGAAAAAACAAUGCAGAAAAAUUAAAUAAUUUUCAGAAAUGUAUUAAUUCUCUGAAAAAUUGCACUUUUAAAUACUUAACAGAAGAUCUGAAAAGUAUAUGUAAUACAGUUAGUCAUGAUGAAACGUGCAGAAAAUUGAAUAAUGAAUUACAAGAAGAAUGUCGCUCUCUUAAAUUAUAUCUCUACAACAAUAAACUUUCUAGUGUAAAUAAUAAUACUGAAUCCAAUUCCUACUCAUGGGAUCAACUACCAGAAACAAUUUCUCAAGAAGAUUGUAUAAAUUUCUCCACAAAAUGCUAUUAUAUAAGUUCAUACUGUUCUAAUGCUCUUUUAAAUGCAUGUCAGAAUUUAAAACGAGGUUGUUCUAAAUCGGCGUUUUACAAAUUAGCAUACGGAAUAUUGGAAGAAGGGUUGUUUGGCUUAUUUCACAAUUUAAAUUCAAAUAGACUUAAAAAAUGUACAGAUAAAUUGGUAGAAAAAUGCCAAACGCUCAGAAAUAGAAGUAUAUAUCUACUUUCAUUAUGCUUAAAACCAAAAGAAACAUGCAAAGCACUUGCGAAGGACGUUGAAAAGAAAAGUCAUCGUUUACAACAUAUUUUGGAUGAAAAAAGAGAUUAUCCACAAGAACAAGAUUGCCUUGUUUUAGAAAAAAAAUGUAAAGAUCUGACAAAAGACUUCAAUCAACUUAAUGCUCCUUGUAAUACGUUAAAAAAACAUUGUGAUCAUUUGAGGAAUACAAAAAAACUGAAAGGUGCUUUAUUAAUCAAAAAUAAAGAUAUUUUAGUAAAUGUCGAUAAUUGUACAGAAUAUUUAAAUAUAAAAUGUUCUCAAUGGUUUAGAAGGGAAAUAAAUCCAUUCAAUCUUACGUGUGUAGCACAUCGCAAAUCAUGCGUUAUAAUGACUGAAGACGUGCAAAAUCAUUGUUCUGCAUUCCAACAAAAUAUGGAGGAUCACAAAGUUAUUGAAAAAUCAAAAGAGGAUGAAGAAAGAGAUGAUAUUUGUUUUCUUUGGGAGGAAUACUGCGAUAUGCUUAUGGAAAAUUGCCCCCAUAAACUAAAACAUGAUAAUAACGGUGGCAAUGGGCCUUGUAUGAAACUUAAAAACAAUUGUAAAACAUUUCGUGAAAAAAAACCUUUAUUAAAAGUUCUCAUGUACAAUAUGAAAGGCUCUUUAACAAGAAAGGAUAUAUGUGUUAAUCAACUGAAUAAUUAUUGUAGAAAUUCAAUGAAAUCGAACAAGACUCUUAAAAAUUUAUGUCAAAAAUAUAACAAAGAUGAAAAGACAAGGAAUAAAAUUUGCGAUAAGUUUAUCAAAUGGGUGAAAAUAUUGUGUGAUACCUUACCAAUUAAACUGGAUAAAGCUGUUGAGGACUUAAAAAAUAGAGCAAAUGAAUUUAAAAAAGCCAAACAAGAAACAGAAAAAGCUGUUAAUGACUCGGGUUUAUUCUUACUGAUUUCUCAAGCAAUAAAUGAAAAGCAGAAUUAUUAUCGCUUUAAUACACGUAGUAAUAUUCACAAUAAUGUCACAGCUUACAUUAAGCUUAUGCGUCGUGAAGAUGUUCUAGAUACUCAUCCAUCAGUACGUCAAGGAUUAGCGUUUGAUUUAAUAUCUUUGGUUAUAGAAUUAUAUUUAGAAGCUAAGGCUAUCUGUGAUCAUUCUAUCCAAGAGUGUGUUUUUGAAAAUGAUUGUCUUAAGUUUAAGGAUUCAUGCAAAGAAAUAGACAAAUAUUGCAAAGAAUUUGAAUUACCUGAAGCUAUAUCUCUAGUAAUUACAUCUAUAUCUACAGUAACGAUUACAGAUUCUUUAAAAGAUACCCAAUCAGAGUCCACUAUAAUAAAGAUAACAGAUGGAAGCUGUGUAUUGCUUCAUUCAAAGACAAGCUGGAUAACAAGUAAGUCACUAUCUACUGAAAUGAAAACAAGUACAUCACUUAUAACAUCGACACAAAAAUGCAAACCAGUGCCAUGUACAACAGAAAAAGCACAAACAAAAGUACCUGAAGAUGGAAAUAGAACAGAUAGGAUACUGAUACCAAGUGAAGGAAUAAAAAUAUCUAAAUUGACAAUAGUAAAUAUUGUUAUAUGGGCAAUGAGUAUCUUUAUUAUGAUUUAA